UGAUGAAAACAACCAGAAAACGUCCCAGCGAGCCGCAGCGACGGACCGCUUUUCUCAGGGAUCUGCUUUGUGUAGACGUAAAACUCAACAGCGAAUCGACAUACUAGCGUGUUUUCUUCUUGAUCGUCAUCGGAGUCUUCUGUUUUGAGGGAACAAGCCGAAGAGAAGAGAGACACUGAUCUUCUCAUCAUCACAAAGAGUCUUCUACAAUGGAGUUUCCUGAUCUGGGGGAGCACUGCUCAGAAAAAACAUGUAAACGUUUAGAUUUUCUUCCCAUGAAAUGUGAUGCUUGUCAAGAAAUCUUCUGUAAAGACCAUAUAACCUAUGCUAAUCAUAAAUGCACCUCAUCCUACAAAAAGGAUAUCCAGGUGCCUGUGUGUCCCUUGUGCAACAUUCCCAUUCCUGUAAAAAGGGGGGAGAUGCCUGAUAUUAAAGUCGGUGAACAUAUUGACAGAGAUUGCAAGUCAGAUCCAGCACAAAGGAAAAGAAAGAUCUUUACAAACAAAUGCUCUAAAGGUGGCUGUAAGCAGAAGGAGAUGAUGCGAGUGACAUGUGAUCAAUGUCAUUUAAAUUAUUGUCUUAAACACCGUAAUCCAUUAGACCAUGAUUGUAAAACGGAUGGUAAACCUCUGUCCAAAUCAGGACACGCUGCAUUAAUGAGAUCCCAUGGUGCUUCCUCUACCUCAGCCUCUGGGUCAAGUUCGUCCUCUUCAGGGAACUCUAGACCUGUAUCUAACGGCGUGAGCACAAGUAAUAGAAGCAGCACUAGUAGCACGGCCCAGCGAAUCCCAACUUCAGUUUCAGCACACAGCGUAAUACCUCCUUCAGUGUCUUUCCAAGCCGGCCUGACAGAAGAGCAGGCUUUACAAAGAGCCCUGGAGAUGUCUCUAGCAGAGUCAAGACCGCCUGUCCAGCCCACUCUUAGCCCUCAGGAGCAGGAGGAUCUGGCUCUAGCUCAGGCUCUCGCUGCCAGUGAAGAAGAAUACCGGCGUCAGCAGCAGAGACAACAGGUACCGGGAAAGAUUAGCCGUCCGUAGCAUGCGUUAACAUGGUAGAGAGUCUAAACAGUCCAACUGCAGCCUUUCUUAAGAGCCCAACCACCAUUUUGUCCACCAGCUGUUCUGUAAGCCACUACAAACUGCACGCAUGGGAGAUCAUGUUCAAGCAUCGAAGAUUGUUUUAAUUAAAAAUGAAGAUGUUAUACGCCUUUUACUAUAUAAGCACAUAUUUUCAACAGUAAUGAUUUGCUUUGUACAUAUUUUAUAAGCUGAUCAUGAACCCAUUGUAUUACCACAUAUGGAUAAUGGAAUAAAUUAUUUAAUGAUUCACCCUGAA